AUGGAUGAUAUAGAGGUUCGGUGCAGUGGAACAGAGUUUAAUAAACGUAUUCAAGCAUUUGAAUUACCGCAGGAAGGGGAGAUCCACGAAGUGGAGAUCUUGGACCUUGGUAACGCUGAUUUUGAAGAUUCUUCACCAAGUCAGUCUUCGACAAAUCCAAAUAAAAGUUUGGAUACGGAAGUGGCUGACAGAACUGUUAACUGGAAGACUGUUGGACUGCGAUUUGGACAAAUUCGCUCUAAGAACACCACCGAAGAGGGAUUGUACAUAGCCGGUGUCAAACAGAAUAGCCCAGGAACAGAAAGUCUUAUGCGAGGUGAUCGAAUUCUGGCAAUCGAAGGAAUUGUCUUUGACAAGCAGACCUUAAAUGCAUUGAACGGGGAUGCUCAGAUGGCUGAGGAUGUCUAUAGAUCGGUUUCAGCGGCCAUUACAACCCUGUAUGAGGUCGCAACUAGCGUUCUCGAUGCCUGGAUAAGGAAAAGAUGGUUUAAUCAGCCAGAUGGUCGACGCAGACCAAUCCAUCUCACUAUUUCUCGAAGCCCUUUAAAGGCGAAACCAGUCACCUCCGUGGCCGAGUCAGAUUACAUGGCAGUGCUUUCUAACCCACAUUAUGGACCGCUGGUGGAGUACCCUCAAGCCAUGCAAUACGAGACCGAUAGCUAUGGCUCCUUCGCACAGCCUGAAGAGGAACUGAUGGAGAUAGAGAUGAUAGACUUCCCGAGGACGGGCUUUGGAAUUGGUGCUUUUUUGACUCCAGGUGCGAACGGUCUGGGCGCGCGUGUGGAGCGUCUGGCCGAAGGCGAACUUGCCCAACUGGUGAGUCUAUUUCCAUUUUCUCCAUACGGAUCUUUGUCCUCUUUGCUGAAGGAUGGUCGUCUGCAAGUAGGUGACAGUAUUCUCUACAUAAAUGAGAAACCGGUGAUGAACAGAGCAUUCAAGGACGUGCUUCGAGUUUACCGUCGCGCCUCAUCAAAAGCGGAAUCCGGUAUAGCCGCGUUGCCCUAUUCUCCUCUGCGACCCAUUCGACUAAUCGUCUCACGAUCAGUGAAGAACUGCGGUAGUUCCUCGCUGCCAACUUCAACGCACUCGACAACUGUGCCACAAAGCUCAGUUCUGCUUGAAGCCGCAAAACUUGCGGCUGAUGUGAGGGAGGGGAGUAAGAGUCAAUCUGUUUCAAUGGCCACACCCACUACGACCAGUCCAGAUGCAGUCCAAUUCCAUGAAGUGAAUGUGGACAAUCAGAUGGGCGGAGGAGUUCUUAUUGAAGAAGCAGUCUCCGAUCCCGUUUCAGGAAAUAUAGAAACCUUGGAUUCGCCUCAACUGAGUGUUGAUGAGAAGAAUCCGGACAAAGCAGCGACACCUCCCAAAGUUGGAGAGUACACUCUCCCCUCUGCAAAUGCUCCUCUUGGAAUAUCGGUGGAGACGCUGGCUAGCAUUGACAAGAUGGGUCGACAGACAGACUUCAGACACCGGAUCGUCGAAGUACACAGCGACGGUGUUGUCGCUACACAAACCGAGUUAAAACCAAUGGACGAAGUUUUGGAGGUCAGCGGUUUAGCUGUAGUGGGGAAAGAUAGCAAUUUCCUGGCUAUCACCUUGCAAAAGCCGCCAAUCUCAGGAUACUUAGUAUGCAGCCGAUCACCGGAGAGCAUCUCCGAUCAGGCACAAUUUGAGCCUACCUCCAGUGGGGACAAGAUGUCGGUCAUCCUUAGGAAGUCGAGUACUGAGAUCGUUCAAAGUGACACCGCCGCAAAUGACCUUGAAACAAGCAAUGAGAGGGCUGAGGCUGUGUCAAGCUCUGGCAGUAGGAUCUCCAAACUCAGACGGAAAUUUGAGGCGUCUUCACAAGAAAUGACUUCAACACAACCGAAGGUGUUGGUAGGAGAGAAGCCGACAGACACUGGAUCCAAUCAUAAAACGGCCACCCACCUGCGGGAGCUCCAUGCCGAGACGCUUGGCUCUUCAGACGCUUCGUUCAAUUUGGCCAACGAUUCAAUCGAAAUCGUCAUUAAUAAGGUGAAAGGCGAACUAAUCGACCAAACCCAGGAAAGUUUCUGGCUUCCUGUCCAUGUAGGCGUGACGUUGGGUGAGAAGGACGACACAAGUGGAGGUUUCACAGUGACGGACAUCGCUCCAAACGGAGCUCUGCGCCGCACACUCAGUUCCGUCGCUGUCUACCGCAAGGUGCACUUCAACGUAGGUGACGUGGUGACGGAGCUCAACGGCAAACACCUCCGCCACGCUACCGUCUUUGGUGUCCAAAGCCUCCUAUGGACCAUGUUCUCCCUAGAGGGCAACGUUAGGUGUGUGUGCGUGUGUGAUGACAUCGAACCGCCGCCUACUGUUAAUGCGUUAAAAACCUCAAACAUGCAGCCUACAAUUAAGCAAAAUUGUUACUAA